AUGAAGCCCUCCUUUGGUGCUCUGGAAGACCGGAAAGCUGGCCUCAGGCAGUAUGAGGACCCUGGCAUCCGCCAAUUGCUCUACUACCGGUGGAACACGACGCUGCGGGCAACGCAAGUGUCAAACAUUCGCAUUUGUGACAGCACCUUCUGGCAGCAGCACAUCACCAGGACGAACCACCAGAAGGUCGACUCGACAACCACCGGCUUUGAUGACAGGAAGCUGUCGUUCCACGUAGCCACGAUGGCUUCUGUCAGCCCGGCGUCCACAAGUGGCGAACCAGCCAUCACCACGUCCACAUUCCACCCUUUUCUGGGCCUCCCCUACGAAAUCCGCCACAAGAUCUAUCUGCUCGCAACAUAUCGGCGUAUCGUGCACGUCCAAGAGCGUUUUCUGCCAUUCCAAUCUUAUCAUGCCGCGCGCCGUCAUUUCGACGCGCACUAUCUCGAGCAUUGGCACGAAAUCGGUAUCCACCCUUCCGUUGCAGCCUUUGCUCCAUUGUGGAAGGAGAAUACGGUUGAGCGCAUGAGGCAGCAGCAUGAGCAAGUCGAACCCACAGAUGACGACAGGAUUCUGGAAGUCGGACAGCGCAAGACGCGGGGUUGGGCAAGGAAGCUUGGGCUUCUGACAGCUCGAGCCGAGAACAUGGACCUCGACAAACGUACUGCAGCCUCCGACAGAGGCAGCGGCAGCGGCAGCGACAGCGACGAGGACGACUAUGAGCUGCCGCUACCGCUCCGCCCUUGGAAACCAACCCCGGAACUCCCCGAGCUGCCGUUGCACUGGCUGUGGGAGUCAGCAGACUCGGCAUGGCAGUUCCAGAGAGAGUCGCAGCUCUUCAGUCGGGCGCCGAUCCCAGCCCUGCUGCAUGUUUGUGUCGAAUCAAGGAAUACGAUGAGAGAGGCAGGGUAUGAGUUGACCUUUGGGACACCCGCGAGAAGACACGUUGGGCAAGCUGCCAAUGGUGUCCGCGACGGAGGCGUCAUCCCAGGCAUGACUUGGUUCAACUUCCGCCACGACACCCUCUACAUCGGCCACGCAACUUACGACUACGACAACGAAGACGACGCAAACCUGCCUCCUUAUCGAGAGAGCCACGAAUCAAAAGCCAACGAGUCGGAGACCAGCAAUGGUCGUACAAUCCCGAAUCGCAUUGGCUAUUCCCAGCCAUGGGAUCUCGCGCCCUUCCUCCCCUCUGAUCUGCGUCGGGUGACACGCAUCAUGCUCCCACACUGCAGCCUGGCCAUGACUUUACCUGAAUGGGGCGGCGCUCAUUUCGCGCUCUUCCUCGACGGGAGCACACUGGAAAAUUGGCAGCCGCUGUUCCCGGCUCUGAAAGAGUUGUUUCUCGCAGAGUGGGCCCUGCUAGGUGGUUGUGCCGCUUGCGCCUCAGAUAAGGAGCUGCAAAAACAGGGCAAUGAAGAUGGAGCCAAGGAUGAAGUAGCCAGGACACACCACAGUGACGGGCCCUGCAUGCAAGACAUCCAGAAACACCGUCUCGCUCGGGAAGCUGAGCCGUGGUUCGCGAUAGCGAUGCAAGAAGUCGACUCCUUCUCCCGAAUCAUGUAUAAGGAUGGCGGCGCUGGUCGCGACGGUGGGAGUGCAGUCGGGAUAGCUGCGAUGUACAUGCACAAGACCGCCAGAGAACGCGGCCCUGGUGACGCGUCCAAUAUCGGGGGAAAUGGGAAUGGCACACGGCGCGAUUUCUUCGAACUUCGCGGCCAUCAAUUGCGGAUUGGAGCCGAGUUGAUAUUCAGGGAGGAUUGGUUUGCCUCCGUGGGCGAGGACGGUGAGUCCCCAGGGUUCGAGGAGCCCGGGUGGUUCACGGAGCCCGAGGAACCUGAGUGGUUCCCUGAGGUCAAGUUUGUGCACGUAGGCACUGCAGCUAUGCUGCGCGACCUCGAAACUGAACGGGCGCGGGUGUGGGAAAAGCUCAACCGCGACUUUGGAGAUCCUGGCGACGAGAUUGACCAUGGGCCAGACUUCGCGGAAUGGGUGAAUACAUUCAUGCAGGGACAGCACUCUUGGCUCCCGGCUAGGGACCAUGCCCAAAAAUCUCGUCCAGAGAUGCCGCUGGCAUGGGACGCCCCCAGGGGUUGGACUGUGCAUAAGAUAUGUCCGCCAUGGAAGGAGAAGUUUGAGUGGAGUAUCGACCGCUGA